AUGGACGGUGGAAAGACUAUCAGUCUGUCCAACGGUUUACAGCCGAUAACGACAUCAACGGUCAACGGGGAGUACACAGCUACUAUGGCGCUCGUCCACACAUACACUACAACACCAUUACUGCAUCAAAUCGAAGAACGAGUUGAGGAUGUCGAACCGCGGUCACGCCUCAACUUCAAGAAACCUGGGCCUGGCACGUUGCUCUUCUGUCUCGUCCUCAACAUGCUGGUCACGAUAUCUUGGUACUACCUCAACAUCGACAUUUCCAUCGCGGGCAAAGUGAUACCAGCCUCGCUCUGUCGCUACCUGUACGAUGGUCUUGUCCUCGUGCCUAUGGGCUUGUUCUCGCUCUUCAAAUGUCUACAUGGCUUCAGCAUCUUGUUGUGCCUCAGGCAAGAUGACCGCGCCCUUAGCAUUGCCAGAGUGGCACUGGGAGGCAUGCUCGGUGCUUCGGUGGUUGUCAAGUAUGGUCUUGGGGCGGGCAUUUUUGAUGGAAGUGCUUGGUCGCAACUGUGCUUCUGGGCAGCUACUGGAGUCUUGCCUGGAGCUGGAACUGUGGCUCUGGUUGGGUUCUGCUGGGACUGCUUGUACUGGGGUUUAGAGAGUGAAGAAGCGAGGGUGGUGGAUGAGAAGCUGCCUUUAUUGGAGAAAGAGGACGUUUAA